UUUGCCGCCGACUUUCACCCGCCAUACGACGGUGCUUUUUUUCUUAAAGGAGAAGCGACAAUGUUUUUUUUUUUUAAAUCCCCUGCAAGUAUGAAACACCAAAAACUGCGGUCGAUGUGAAAACGAGGAAACAACUUUCUGGAAGGUACCUCCUCUAUCCGUUUCACUCUUGAAAAUAGAAGCUCGGGGAUACCAGACCGCGGGGCGUGUUGUGAGGAAGAGGAGGAAGAAGAGAAGCGAGGGGGGGAGUGCUACGGCAAUAAGACGAGCGAUACUUCUAGUUUUAUUGCGGUGAUUGGGGAGCAAUAAAUGUUCUGGAGUUCGAGGUAAAGCGCGUGGGACAUUUACAAACGCCUUCUCAGCAGGGCAACGGAGGGCAUUUAAUUUGGCGCGCGGGAGGUAACUGUUAAAACGGCUCAGUUAUGCGAAGCGCGCGCCACGGUCAGAAUUCCGACAGCGCACCCGCCCGCGCGCGUCCCCGGUGAACUUCGCCCGCUGAUUGGCCUGGAGAGAACCAGCCCGGCUUGCUGCUGUUAUUGGCUCGCCUGGGGAGAGAGGUUGGGUGAAGGUGUGUGUCUUUGCAUUUCUUUCCUGAUUGGAUGACGCGGAGCGCUCUUGCAGCCUGCUUGAACUCCGAACUUGCUCUUGAUUGGCCAAAGUCACGUGAGGGGCUGGAGCUCCGUGUAGAGGCGGAGUGAGCGCCGGGUGCUGCUGUCAGAACCGGGGGGUGAGCCGCUGUUGGGGCCUCCUCCGCUAGCUGCUCUAAUGCCGGGGGCGCCCGAGCAGACGGAGACCCAGGAGGAAGAACCACAGCAGCAAGAGAGAGAAGAGGAACGGACUCCGCCUCCUAGCGGCCGCCGGCGUCCCCUGCCCCCUCCCAUAGUCUCCGCCGAGCAGGGGGCGGAGUCUAGCGGCAGUCGGGUGCUCCGUGGAGGUCGGGAGCGCGGACGAGCGGCAGCCGCGGCAGCGGCCGCCUCCCGCCGGAGAAAGGCAGAAUAUCCGCGUCGGCGCCGAAGCAGUCCCGGCGCUCGGCAGAACCAAGAGCCGGAGGAGUUGCCGCCUGCACCCGGGCUUGAAACUGGAGCGCCGCCCUCACCCGCUGCACCUUCUGGGACUACCGGGCGAAAGGCAACGCCACGCAGCUUGUCCUUGGAUAAAGCAACAGUGAAAGAUCCCAAAGAAGAGACAGAAGAGAAGGAAGUUUCCACUACUACGGCAGCUGGCGCCUCAGUCAAUACAGCUAAACCCAGCCGGGGUUGGCGUAGCAACAGGGCAACUACGACUAUUCAGCAAUAUGAUGCAGAGAAUUCCCGGAGUUCCAGAUCAAAGACUGGGUCCCUGCAACUCAUUUGCAAAUCAGAACCAAAUUCAGACCAGCUAGAAUUUGAAGUUACUGAAGAGCAUUCAUCUCCAACUAGAAUCAGUGAUGAAGAAGAAAUGCUCAUCAGUGAAGAAGAGGUUCCCUUCAAAGACGAUCCCAGAGAUGAAACUUACAAACCCCAUUUAGACAGAGAUGUUCCAAAGCAAAGAAAAAAAACUGGGAAGGGAAAAGAAGAAAAAGAAAAACAGAAGGAUAUUAAAGUGGAGGUGGAAGUUAAAGAAGAAAGUGAGUUUCGAGAAGAUGAGGAUCCGCCUAGGAAGAGAGGAAGGCGGAGAAAAGAUGACAAAAGCCCACGACUUCCUAAAAGAAGGAAGAAGCCUCCAAUACAAUAUGUACGUUGUGAAAUGGAAGGAUGUGGCACAGUUCUUGCACACCCUCGCUACCUACAGCAUCAUAUCAAAUAUCAACAUCUUCUGAAAAAGAAAUAUGUAUGUCCUCAUCCCUCUUGCGGAAGACUUUUCCGGCUCCAGAAGCAACUGUUGCGGCAUGCCAAACAUCACACAGAUCAAAGGGAUUACAUUUGUGAAUACUGUGCCCGUGCUUUCAAAAGUUCUCACAAUCUGGCAGUUCACCGAAUGAUCCACACAGGCGAGAAGCCAUUACAAUGUGAGAUCUGCGGAUUCACCUGCCGGCAGAAGGCCUCACUAAACUGGCACAUGAAAAAACAUGAUGCAGAUACCUUUUACCAGUUUUCAUGCAAUAUAUGUGGAAAGAAGUUUGAGAAAAAAGACAGCGUUGUAGCACAUAAAGCCAAGAGUCACCCAGAAGUGCUUAUUGCUGAAGCACUGGCAGCCAACGCAGGGGCUCUCAUUACCAGCACUGACAUCUUGGGUCCUGAUCCAGAGUCUAUUGUCCAACCCACGGAUGGCCAGGGCCUUCCCCUUCUUCCAGAUCCCAUUGGAAACACCACUCCUGGAGAGUGCCUAUUGCUGAACUCUGAUGGGAUACCUAAGGCCUACUGCAGUGGGGGUGACCGGGUCAACUUGAUGGCUGAUGGGAAAAUAUUUGUUGGCACUGCUAGUGGUGAGAAUACAGAAGGGCUGGUCAUCAAUACAGAGAUUCUUGGAGCUACCACUGAAGUUCUAAUUGAGGAUUCUGAUUCUGCAGGACCGUAGUGGGAGAGGAGCAACGUGUAUUGGAACAACUUGAACUUGUAUUUAAAAAAGAAUAAAUGGGGAGAAGCAACUUAUUCAACAUAGAGAAACUAAACAUAAAUAAAUUACUAGUCAGAUAACUAAAGGACCUGCCCCCCCCCCUUCUGCCCCAGCUCACCCUUUUCUUGCAGAGUGGAUCACUACACUACAUUUUUUUUAAUGUUUCCUUCUUGGAGAGGAAUGUUGCCUUUACAGAGAGAUUGACAAAGCAAAAGAAUUCUUGCAAUGCAGGGAAGGGAAGCAGCUAAGCCUCUCCCAGCCCUCCCAAAGUAAGCAAACUUCCAGCUUCUUGACCAUAUUGCAAGAUUGAAAAUGCUUAUACUCUGGACCAAUAUUUCAUUCUUGAAACUGUAUUCUGUUCCUCCAGUUGUAUCAACCUGUUCUAUGCAUUACUAAAUUCUGACCCUUGCAAGCUCUUAUUUUUCAUUUUAGGGCUUGGGGAUAUAGCUUGGCACUUUAGAACCCCUCCUUAGUAUGAGCUGUAAAACAGCAUAUUUUCCCCAUAUUUUGUAUCUUCCCAUCCAUAAAAAAAGAGAAGGGAUCUUGAAAUGUUGGUGCUUGCUUUCUGAAAGAGGAGUGCCAUCUUUCUAUAUAAUUGCUUUGGUGCAAAAUACCUGUGGGAGAAUCAGAAUGGGUGCUAGGCUUAUAAAAGAAAACUUGCACUUUGUACAUGUCUUUUUUUUUAAAAGUUGUGAUGAAUUCCUUAUUUAUUUGCCU